CUUUCGCUUUCGAUUUCAAUUCAACAAACUUUUUAUGUGAUUUUUGACAGUCAUUGAUAUGCAUGUCUUGAUAGAAGUUAGUCAAAACUACGAGGUUUGUAUCCAGAGGAAGCUAAAAGCCAUGAGUGACAUACAACAGAUUCCACUAGUUCUUGAGCACGCUGCCAUUCUGAGAAAGUGUCAGGAUGCCUUUUGCCAUGCUGUUAAAGCAAAAUUUAAUUGCAAGGCUAUUCUCCACAACAUGGAAGAGGCUGGCUCCUUUGGUAGUAACAGUGGAGUCUUGCGUGCUGAGAAGAGGUACUCCACAAAACUGUCCAGCCGAGUGGAAAUAUCAAUCUGGAGAGAUGAUCUUACCCGUCAUCAAGUGGAUGCUGUGGUCAAUGCAGCCAAUGAGAAGCUUAACCAUGCAGGAGGUCUUGCACAAGCCCUGAGUGAUGCUGGGGGACCAAUGAUCCAGAAAUGGAGUGAUGAUAUUAUACAGCGAGUGCAAAGAGUGAAAACCGGUGAUGCUGUGCUCACUCCUGCUGGAAAUCUCCCAUGUAAUUAUAUCAUACAUGCUGUUGGUCCCUGCUUGUCUCCAAACCCAAACAAGAAGGAUAUUGAUCGAGCAACACCCUUCUUACAUAAUGCUAUCAUUAGAAUUCUAGAAAUAACUGUAAUAAAUAACAUUUCCUCUGUUGCUAUUCCUGCUCUGAGUUCUGGCCUUUUCCAUUUUCCAAGAGAUCUCUGUGCAGACAUUAUUAUAAAGGCUAUAAAGCAGUUCUAUGACUUGAAUGGGUUUCAAGGCAAGAACUUAGAAAUCCAUCUUGUUAAUAAUGAUGAACCCACUGUCCAAGAAAUGGAGAGAGCCACUAGAGCGGUUUUUGAUCCGUCCAGCAUCUCUGGCUCAUACAGUGGAGCUGUGCAAGGCAGAAACCAGAGCAUGACUUCCUCUUCAAGCAACAGUUUGAAGUUUGGCAAUGUAACACUGCACCUUAAAAAGGGCCUUAUUGAGGAGGAAAAGGUUGAUGUAAUUGUGAAUACAAUUGCAAAGGACUGCGAUUUGUCUCAAGGAGCGGUUUCAAAUGCUAUUUUGAAGAAAGCUGGCCAAAAGAUUCAAGAAGAGAUUUACAGAAAAAGAUACUAUGGUGCUGAUCUUUAUGAGACAAAAGGAUACAACCUUAAAUGUAAAGAAGUUUUUCAUACUGUAUGUGCCAUUAGGUCUGACCCUAAUGCAGAGAAGAUUCUUUUCAAAGUGGUCUCAGAAUGUUUGAGAAAAGCUGCUUUGAUACACACAUCCAUCUCCUUCCCAGCUAUUGGUACUGGUAAUCUGGGUUUGGACAAAUAUCAGGUGGCUCGAAUCAUGAUGAAUGCUGUGGCUGGAUUUGCAAAACCGAGCGUGAAACUGAACAUAUACUUUGUUGUGUUCCCAAAAGAUGAUGAAAUGAUGAAGGCUUUCGAAAAGGAGAUGAAGGGAAGAAAAGAAGGAACAAUGUCCCCAGUCUUACCCAAUGACAUGACAAGAAGCUUUGCUUCUGCAGCCAAAGAAACCACAGCAAAUGAAACACCCACUGUUGAGUUCCACAGUGUCUCCAAGGAGGCUGAGAGAGAGGCAAAAGCAUGGACAUUUAAUAUGCUUAAGCAAUCAGAUAACAUGACAAUAAGGAAUAACCAUGUCAUAUACCUUGACCAAAGAGACCAUGAAAACAUGCUUUCUCUUCAAGCCAAGUUACGUGUUCACAUCAAGGAGUUUUUCAGGAAUGGUAAUGGUGGCAUAACCAUCACUGGAAGUCCUUCAGAUGUCAGCUGUGCAGCAAUUGAGGUGGAGUCCAUGCUUUGUAAGGCCCAGGAGGACUUUGCUGAAGCUGAAGAAUGUGACAUUCUGUAUUCUGUUGUUCGCUGGAGCUGUAAAGAUAAACCUUGGAUACAAACACCUGAAACCAGUGCAGUUUUGGAGAAAGCUUAUCUGGCAGGGAAUGAAGAAAUUACGUUCAGCAACCACAAAGUCAAGUUUAAGUCCAUGGUUUUGAUUGACAACAGUGGAGGAUUUAGCAGAAUAAAGAGGACAUGCCUGUUGGAUCCUUUUGAGCCUCUUAAGAAUUCAUUUUAUGCAAGAACUCCUGUGAGCAGCAAGGAAUAUUUGGACAAAGAAAGGAGAACCUUGGAGGCUUUUGGGUUCCGUGUCGUCAAGGUGGAGAAGCUAGAGAACAACGCACUGAAGCAGCUGUUUGACAGGAAUGGACAGAGAGUGACAGACAAACCGAGGCGCCUCUACCAGCGUGUGUCAGCUCAGUUCUGUGAUCUCAUCUGUAGAGUAGGCUUUCAGAAAGAGUUCGCUCCUCCUGCAGAGCAAAGGUAUGGCAGUGGAAUAUACUUCAGCAGUACAGUGGACGGAGCCUUGAAGCUGUGGAAGGAGCCGGAUCAUGAGCAGUACAUCUACAUCAUUCAGGCCCGGGUCCUCACUGGGAAAUCCACGGAUGGUUCUCAAGAUCUUAUUUUGCCCCCUACCUUAAUGGGAGACCCUUUGGAUCGUUAUGAUAGCGUGUCUGACAGGGGACAGACACAUGUCAUCUUCAGCGGUCAACAAGCUCUUCCUGAAUGCCUGAUCAUUUGUGACAAAUCAUCCGCUGUGUAGCUGCUCACAGAAAUAUGCAAAGCACAUUAAAAAUAAUUAGGUGAAAUCUGUGGCUUAAAAUUUAAAUCGCAUAUUACUGGAUCAUUGAUGGGAAUAGAAGAUGGUGAAAAUUAUUAGUUUUUUUUUUUUAUAUAUAUAUAUAUAUAUAUAUAUGCUCAACAUAAAUGUAACUAUCUUUGACUAGGACUGCUCUUUCUUUCUUUCUUUCUUUCAGACAGUUUCUCACAAGUCUGGCUUUGAGUAGCCUACUGUUGUUACUGUUAUAACAGUUACAUGAAAUUAUUUAGUUUUUAAUUAAUUUUGAUAAGUUCACCUUUAUCAAUUGAUCACAAUAGAAUGCAAACGAGGAUAAAUAAUUUAGCUGGUGGGUUUAUGGUUUUAAACUCUAUGCUUAAAUGCAAUGCAAAAUAUCUCUGACUGUUUAUUUUAUCAGUAAUCAAGGCCUUCUGAACACAACUGAGUUAUAUUUGAAUUCCUAGACCUAAAUAAAUAAAUGCCAAAUUUCAACCAAAA